GCCUGUUUGUGCCAGAAGCUAGCAAGCUGAUCCUCAAGUUCUUCUGUCUUCAGGCUUCCCUUAGGAGUGGUGUGUAGAUCAGCAGUGGGCAGCUGGGCAGGAUGCAGCCCCAGGAAAUGCAGUUUGUAAGUAGCCAGAGGAGCGCUGCCAAGUCUGUGCAUGCGGAGCCACAGUGGACCUGGCUCUGGAUCAGCUCCAUGCCCACCUGGCCUGAGCACCUGCCUGGAAUAAACACAGCACCAAAUGCACGAGACGAGGUAGGGUUGCUUAGCAAACUUAACCUGUAGCAGUUGAGCUGCUCCCAAGUGGAAAGCGUGCCCUGCAGGAAGAACUGGGUUGGUUUGUUGGCCUAAGAUCUCUCUCCCACUCUGCCUGCCCACCACAGUGAAAUGAUCUGCCCCACCUUCAUAGAAAUUUAAAGCUUAAUUUUCUUUAGAGCAUCAAAAAUUUUUCCUGGGGCCAAAUCCUGCCACUGUUUGCACCCUCAGUUCUCCUCAACAUGAGCACAUUCAGGGCAUUCAUCCUUUCUGCUCCGUGAUGUGCACAGCACAAGGUAAGAGUUGUGCUCAGCGGGGCAGCAGUUUCACAGCGUAAUUCUGGUGGCCUUAGCCUAAGGAGCACAGUGAAUGCCUGGUCAGGCUGGUGGCACAGAAUUGUCUGUGAGGGUGUGAUGGCCAUGAGAACACAAGAUUCUACCUAAUGUAUUCUGACCCUUGGACUUACCUGUUUGAGUGUUUGCGUAAUGCAGCUUCAGAAUAACGCAUGUGUCAGUCUUUCUCGUUUCUAUCAGCAGAUCUUACACUACUAAGUAGGAGUAGAUUUGUGUCCCUGUUUCAAGGGAAGCCUGAGGGUCAGCACCUGGAGAAGUGCUAGUUCUCAUCCCUUUGCCAAGUGCAGUUUUCCUGAUGAGAUGGGAAGCCAAAGGCCCCAGAGCUCAGGGAGUACCAAGCAGUAGUGCCACCUUCCAGGUUGAAGUGCACUCUGGGUUACUGUGCAGUGAGACUGUGCAGUGUUUGUGCUGGGCCCAGAAUCACAGUCAUCAGGGCUGUCAGCAUCGCUCCCAGCACACGUGGGCACUGCCAGCUCCUGUUUCUUGGAAGACUUGCUCAUGAAGGAUCGGCUUCUGCUGACACACACAGACUUGGGGAAGGCCUCGUGUGGGAGGCCCCUGGGCUGAGCCUGACCCUUAUCUGGCCAGCCAGCUGCAAGGGCAUUAUCCGGGAGCUCAGCUGUGCAGCUGCUCACACUCCUGCACUGGCUGGGCUGCCUGAAGACCUUCCUCUUGUGUUGGAAAGCCAGCGGGAAAGCAGGCAUUGUACUCCUCUGGUAAGUCCACAGUUGCCUUCUGGGUUUUUCUCGUUGUUUGGCUGACAGCACAGCAAAGCCCUGCCUUGCUGCAGAUACGUGUAGUUGUUCUGCAGAAUUAUAGCAGCUCAUGUUCAUCAGUGGCACGAGGCUAAUAAAAAGACAGCCCAUUGACCCAUGUCUUCCAGCACAGCCACAGCUCCAGAAGGAGAUUAUUCACCUGCUGGAGCAGCGUCUACCGUGGAAAACUCCACUGGCCUCCACCCUCAGUGAUCAGUACCCUUUCUGUGGCCUAGGACUGUUCAUCACUUCUUUCCAAAACUGGAAAGGCAAUUUUUUGCUUGUGGUAACAGUAGAUUUAUUUCUGCAUCUCCUCUUGCAGUUUGCAUGAACUAAGCUUUGCUUACAGGUGUAAUUCAGAGCUAUGAUAAGGCAUGAGCUGUUUCACAUUUUAGUUUUUGAUUCCUUGACAGAAAUUUUAUUGGCUGCUCUAGUAAUUCACCUUCACUAAUGCUGAAAAUACAAGCAGCUCUUGUACACUUCGGAGGACUAGUGAAAAUGUAUUUGAUGGCUGCAGCCAAGCUUCCCAGUAGCUAUGUGUUCAUAUCCCUCCUCAAAUACAGGGUUGGAAGACCAGGAACAUUUCCUCUCCUGUAAAGAGAGACCAAGAUUUUGCACAUCUCUUUUAACUUUGUUCUUUUCAGAGCUCUCACACUCCUGUGAAGGACACCAAAUUCCCCCAGCUUUGGGAACUCAUCCUCAGAACAAGCCAACAGAGGCCCCGGGGCUGUGGUGUCAGUCCUGGAGCGUGUGGUGUCUGCUUGCCUGGUCUUCACCUCAUUCAGUCUCACCAGGGAAGUGUUUGCAGGUGAAGAUGAACAGGGGAAUUCUCUUCUUGUCCCUGCUUGGCUUCCUCCCGCUCGUGAUACCCACCUGCCCUGUGCCAUGCAAGUGUACCAGCACCAUCAUUGACUGCACCUCAAAAGACCUCACUGUAGCAAACCUGCCCGUGGCUUUCCGUCCUUCAGCUGAAAUUAUCCACCUCGGUUACAACAGGCUCACCUCUAUUCCCAAUGGGCUCUUUGACAACCUGAAGAGCCUCAAGGUAGUCUACCUGCAGGGCAACCCUUGGGAAUGCACCUGUGACAUCCUCUACCUGCGCUCCUGGCUGCAGUGGCAGCAGAACCGGACCCUGUACAGGGAUGUGAGGUGCAGCUCCCCGACACACCUGCAGGACCGGGUCAUUGCCUACCUCACAGAGGACGAGGUCAACUCCACGUGCCAGUAUUGGUACUGCAGCCUGGCUCUCCUCUCUCAGCUCUGUCUCUUCAUCCUCCUCUUCCUCCAGGGUAUCUUGGUUAUCUUCAUCAUUGUUUACCUGCAGAAAUUUCGGAGAAUGACCGCUGAAGCCCGGAGCACCACCCGAGAUCUGCACUAGCAGGUUGACCCUUGGGUAUCUUCUUCAAGAAACCCCUACAAUAAUGAUUAACAUCACAAAACUGGAGACCCUCCUCUUGGGGGAUGAUGUGCCAAGCUCCUGUGGUUUGUGAUACCCAGAGCAGACUGCAGUCCAAAGCAGGACUUGAACUGAUUAGACACUUGCCUGUGUUCCUAAAGAACCAAUCCUGUGGGGUUUUUAAUGCUUUGAACUCUUUAGCGUGAUCUUGAUUGCUUUGCUGAGCUGGAAGUGGCUCUGGUUUGGUAGAUAAAAGAAAUCAUAAACUACAGUGACCAGGACUGACUCGAAUGGCUCACAAGCUCCUAAAGGCUACAGAGCUUGAUCCUUCCUAUGCUACAAUAUUUCAGCCACACUUCCCACGAUGCUUCUGCUUGUGUUGGGUCAGGUGAGGACAGAGGUGGGCAGGGAACAGUUAAGAUACCGGACUAAGACAAUGGAGAAAUACAGUUUCCUCGUGUUGCUUGAUGCAUCUUUUCCAAUGUUCUUCUGAGGGAGGGAGGGAAUGUUUAGAAGCCCACCUAUUUUAUCCUGUCUGCAUUCCUUUUAAUCUACUCAUAGUUUUAAUAGUGAUUUCAGCUGAGUGAGGCUGGGGCCCUGAAUGCCUUGGAGAUAUUCAUCCUGAAGCCAACAGUGGCUCGCUGUGGCUGUGCCUGUAACAGCACUUGGCAUGAGAGAUCCAGUCUUUAGAGACUCAAACUGCAAACCCCACUGACGUGCCUACUGCUGGUUAUGGUGUCCCUUAAUUAUUUUUGAAAUGAAGCAAAAAUGAAAUAAAAUAAUGACGCCUGUUGAUGUAAA